AUUUCGAAUUUGCAGAGAAAAAUGUGAUGUUACAUCGUAAAUCCUCAUUAUGAUAGUCAGACACAAUGAAGACUAUUCUGAGAUGGAAGGCGGUGAAAUUCAUUCUCAUAGCUGUCAUCAUACUGUUCUUUGUGUCGCUGUUUUGUUCACUUCAAAUGCAGGCUUUGGGAUGGGAUGAAGAUAUUGUCUACACAGGAGAUGGACCAUUCUGGCAGAUGGAGGAUGUGGCAUAUGGAGGAAAGCAAGUGAACAUUGAUGGCACCGAUGAGCAUGAUGUCAACCAUGUCGAUGCAGCCCGGCUGAAUGUGCCACACCCCAUCAUCAUCUGGUGGACUCCAUUCACUGGACAGAGGGGCCAGGUCACCAAGUGUGGCAACAACCAAUGCUUCUUCACCAUCGACCGCCACUUCCAGCACCAUCCCAACACCAGUGCCUUCAUGUUCUAUGGCACCGACUUCAAGCCAGACGAUGUCCCGGUGCCCAGGAAGCGGCAACACGAGUGGGCACUCUUCCACGAGGAGUCGCCGAAGAACAACUACAUACUGUCGCAUCCGGAGUGCCUGACGCUUUUCAACCACACGGCUACGUUCAAGCGGGUCUCGGACUACCCUAUCACCACACAGUACUUAAAGAGCAUAGAGGAUCUGGAGAGUCGGAAGUACUUGAAGACUCUGGAGGAGAAGAAACAGGCAGGGCUGGCCCCUGUCGCGUACGUCCAGAGUGACUGCAAUCCACCGUCUGAUAGGGACAGCUACGUCAAAGAACUGAUGAAGCACAUCCGUGUCGACUCCUACGGGGCUUGCCUCCACAACAAGCCUCUCCCGCAGGAACUAACAGACCCAUUGACCAUGUUCAAGAGCAACUUUUUCGAGAUUAUGUCCAAGUAUAAGUUCACCCUUGCAUUUGAGAAUGCCCUGUGUGAAGACUAUGUUACAGAAAAGUUAUGGCGCCCACUCAUAUUGGGGUCGGUGCCUGUGUAUCGUGGCUCACCUACCGUCCGGGACUGGCUACCUGAUAACAACUCUGCUGUAGUCGUGGACGACUACAGAUCACCCAAAGAACUUGCAGAUCACCUGAAGUAUCUGGAUGGCAAUGAUGAAGCUUACAAGAAACUGCUGAAUUUCAAGAAAGUAGGUGUCACAAACCCUCAUCUCCUUUCUGUAAUGAAGGAUCGGGAAUGGGGCGUGAACGACUAUACCCAGCCAAACUUCAUAGAUGGCUUUGAGUGCCUUGUUUGCAAUCGCUUACAUGAAAACCUCAAGGCAAGAAGAGAAGGCAAAUCUGAAACCCCUCACAUUGCUUCUCCAGACCAUUACACCUGUCCAAGGCCUGUGGCAUUCAGCCCUGAAUCAUACAACUCAAUUCAAUUGUACGUCGAGUUACAUGAUGAGCAUAUUAAGAGAGCCAAAGCUCUUAGACAGCUGAUAGAUGCCAAAGCUAACUUUACAUCUGAGCAGUACUCGGCCCUGGUUUACAAAUAUCUAACGGGAGAAAGAAAUUAAGUCAUUAGUUACUUUUAAAUGUGAAAAUAUUUUGACUUUGGGGAGCCA